AUGAGCAACGCGGAGAUCAUCGGUUCUACAAAUCUUAUCAUUCUUCUGGAGGACGAAAUCUUUGCUGACUUUUUCAACACCUUUCUAUCUCUCCCGGUCUUUGGUCAGACACCAUUUUAUGAUGUUGAGAGCGCACAGUGGAGCUUGUGGCCAGAAAUACCGUGUGACUUGAUUGCCAAGUACAAAGGAUUAUUGACCUGGUUGGAAAAAUACCGGUUAUCUUUCUUCUGUAAAACAACUUUGUGUUUCUAUUACAUUCUCUGUCAGGAACUCAUCAGUUUCAUUAAGUCCCCAGAAGGAGCCAAGAUGAUGAGGUGGCAAGAGGCAGACCAGUGGCUCCUCCUGAAAUGUGUCGGUGGGGUCCGCGGGAUGUGGCGCUUCUGUUCCUACCUCAAGGGCAGUGCAGGAGAAGAGCUGGUGGAUUUCUGGAUCCUGGCUGAGAAGAUCCUGGGCAUAGAUGAAACGGACACAAACGUGAAGGAUCACUACCUGUCCCUCCUCUUCGUGCUGAAGGCCACCCACCUGCAGGAGGGCUCCAGGGUGGUGACUCUCUGCAACACAAACAUCAAAUCCCUCCACAACCUUUCCAUCUGGCACCCCAGCCAGUCUACCACCCGAAGGGAGAUCCUGAGCCACAUGCAGAAGGUGGCUCUGUUCAAAAUCCAGAGCUACUGGCUCCCUAACUUCUACACCCACGCCAAGCUGUCAAUGGCUAGCGAGGAAGCGUGCCACAGCCUAAUGCAGGAGUAUGAGACGCGCCUGUGCAGCGUGUGCUGCAGCCACUCGGGAGGGCUGCCCCUGAACAUGAGCGUCAAGAAGAGCUCCUGCUCGCAAAAGAAGUACUCAACCAAGAAGGCCAAGCGGAAGAUGUGGCGUGUCAUCAACCCUGCCUCUUGCUAUCUGGAUAUGGAACCGAAGGCAGAGGUCAUCACUAAGAGCCCGCAGGAGCCGAGUCCUGACGCCAAGGUGGUGGCGCGCAUCCCAACCCUGCCUGUGAUUUCUUCCGAGGGACCCGUGUGUUUCCUGGAGAAGGACAGUGACUGUGCCAAGAAGCCCACUGUGAAGAAACCCAAGGGCCACCUUCAUAUGGAGGGCGUCUUUGAGAACAAGUUCUCUGCUCACUUGAGGACGUCCACUCCGCUUGUCAAUCACUCUUCCUCGGAGACCACCAUUAAGAAGGCCAUCAAGCAGAACCUGUCCUUCGAGUACACUCACUGGGCCCUGUGUGCAGACGUCUAUGCAGGGAAUCCCUUCCGCAACCACCUGAAGAAGAUGAAUUUGAAGGCGGAGGUGCAACUCCUGGACCUUUGGCAGGACUUACAGCAUUUCCUCAGCGUUCUCACGGACAACAGGAAGAAGGGGGAUGCCAUCUUCCGUCACAUGCUUGGCAAUAGAAUCUGUGAGCUCUAUUUGAAUAAGCAUAUUGGUCCACACUUACCACUCACACCUCAAAUCAUUCAGGGCCUAAAGAUGCUGCUACCUUCUGGGGAAGUGAACCCUUGGAUUCCAAAAGCCCAGAAGGAAAUCUGCAAGGUGCUCAGCCCCUGGUACCAUGAGUUCCUGGAUGAAGAGGACUACUGGUUUCUCAUGUUCACAACACGGCUCGUCAAAGGCCAGUGGCAUAAAAAAGGAUCGACGAGCAGAGAAGAGAACCUUUUCCUUUAUAAGAGGGUACAGGAAUCUCUGAAGUUAAACAAAGCUUUGGCUAACAUGGAGGAAAUGACUUCCAUAGAGUGGCAAAAGGUCGCUACUGAGGACAUGAGGCAAGGCGGGUCUCUCCAGGUAGAAAUGAAAUCCCCAGUGUUUAUGGAAGACAUAAGCAAAAUGACUUUUGAGGAGCUGUGCUAUAAGAAUCCAAAGAUGGCCAUAGCAAAGAUCAGUGAAGAUUACAAACUAUAUUGUCAAAGAGCACCUCCAAAAGAUCUUACAGUGGAAAUUAUCAGACAACCGAAGGUGAUUUCACACUUAAAUAGGAAAAUACCUUUUGCUAAAAAAACUGUUGUAAGGAAGCCUUCCAUGAGACCCAGAAACAUGACAGAAAUCCUCCUAAAUACACAGCACCAGGAGUUCUUCGGGGAGUUCCUCAGAGAGCGGAAGGCUGACACGCCGUGGCAAUUCUUGAUUGCCAUACAGAAGAUCAGUAUGGAGACCAACGAGAAAGCUUACAAGUCUGCCCUGGAAAAUAUCACCAAGACGUUCUUCCACAGCAAAAUCCCUCCUGAAGAAAUUCUGCAGUGCAAUGCCCCUAUUGUCAAAGAAAUCGCUCACAUGCAUCACAUAAACACAACCACACUGCUCAUGCUCCAAGGGUUCGUCAUGAAAUCUUUGGAAGAGAAAUGGUUUAAAGAUUACCAGGACAUGUUCCCAGCACGGCCUGUAGAGAUGGAAAGUGAAUUUUCAUCUGCCAGUAGGAAGCCUUCAAAGGCAGCCUACCUACAGGAAACCCAGAAAACUGGCUGGCGGAAAAUUGUCAACUUUAUCAAGAGCUUUUGCAAGUAUCGCCGAUAUAUAACAAAUGCCAACACACGCCAGCAGUUUAUGGACUUUCUCUGCAUGGAAAUGCAUAACAAAGACAAUUUCUCCACAUCACCCACUACAUCAGGACGUCACACUCCAAUGUCUACAAGUACCCGGAGCACAGAGCAGGAAAAUGGAGAAAUAAUCCUUGUAAAACGCCGGAUAUUUGGCCAUAGGAUCAUCACUGUCAACUUUGCAAUUAAUGACAUGUAUUUCUUUUCUGAAAUGGAGAAAUUUAAUGAUCUGGUGAGUUCAGCUCACAUUCUACAGGUCAAAAAAGCAUUCAAUGAGAAUGAUAUCAUACUACUGCGGUCCAAACUCAACAUCAUCCUGAAGCUCUUCCUGGUUUCUGACAUUCCUCCAAAGCUGAGGGUGAACAUCUCUGAGUCUCAGAAGGAUGUCAUCCUUGCUGCUAUUACAGAGGGUCACCUGGACCGAACCAUCUUCCAUGGGGCUAUCAUGUCUGUCUUCCCUGUCAUUAUGUACUUCUGGAAAAGAUUUUGUACCUGGAAGGUAACUCACUGUUACUUAGAGCACAUGGGGAAAAAGACCAAGGAUAAAAGAAGUCCUCCUAAAUCGGCAUAUAAGUGCCCGCCUUGGAGUGGAGGUGACCACGCUGUGUUAAGGUUCACCUUGCUCAAAGGUGUCGAAUGGUUACGGCCUCAGCGGGAUCUGCAAACAAACUCAGCCCAAAACUCGUCAUCUAGCAUCCUCACUUACCCGAGACCUAGAUCAUCUGCCAAACGGCUGUAUUCCGCCCCAGGACAAAAAAGCCCUAACACCAAAAAGAAGAAGAAGAAGAAGAAAAAGAAGAAGAAGUGA